AUGGCCGCCGUCUCAAUGAUGCCUCCAAUGAUUGGUGGUCAGCACGGAGGGGACGACCGACAGGAUCUCCCUCGACCCUACAAGUGCCCGUUGUGCGAUAAGGCCUUUCACCGUCUCGAACAUCAGACAAGACAUAUUCGAACACAUACAGGAGAGAAACCGCAUGCGUGCCAAUUUCCGGGCUGCACGAAGCGCUUCUCGCGAUCCGAUGAACUGACUCGACAUUCGAGGAUACACAACAACCCCAACUCAAGACGGCAGAACAAGACAACACACCAAGCUGUGCAACAGGCUGUCCAGAGCGGACUUGAGCACGGCUCACCCAUGAACAUGAUGCCGCCGCCAAACAAGAACAUGUCGAGAUCAGCGCCCGCUUCUGCUACCGGUUCACCCAACGUCUCUCCUCCACAUUCAUACGCCUCCUACUCGACUCUUCCGUCUGGCCUCAACCCUUACGGUCGAAGUCUGGGAGGAAGCCCCAACAAUGGACAAAAUCUCGACAUCAAUCUCCUCGCCACCGCUGCUACCCAGGUCGAGCGAGAAAGCACUCUGGCGCCACAUCACCCGCACUACGGCAGCUCGCGCCAUCUCCCAUACUACUCUCACAGUAACCACAAUAGUCGAACUCACCUACCGGGAAUUGGUCACUACGCAAUGUCAAGAUCGCAUUCUCAUGACGCUGAACAAGAGGACCACUACGCCCAUCGACACGCCAAGCGUUCUCGUCCCAACUCACCGAACAGCACUGCUCCCUCCUCGCCCACCUUCUCCCAAGACUCACUUUCCCCAACGCCAGACCACACUCCCCUCGCCACACCUGCACACUCCCCUCGACUGCGGCCGUAUGGCGGUGGCUACGACCUACCUGGUAUCCGCAACCUGAGCCUCCAACAUACUCCCGCCCUUGCACCCAUGGAACCUCAACACUUCGACGGCCAAUACCACGCCCAGCAUGCCACCUCCGCACCCAGAAACGGUCUCUCGAUCACCGACAUCCUUGGCAAGACCGACGGCACGCAAAGAAAACUCCCUGUCCCUCAAGUGCCCAAGGUCGCCGUGCAAGACUUAUUAAGUUCUGGCGAGAAUGGAUUCAGUACCAGUGGACAGAGCAGUACAACGGGAAGCGUUGCAGGGGGCGACUUGAUGGAUCGACUAUGA